CUCACGCGUUCAUGCCCCCCCCCCCCUCCCCCUUCCUCCUCCCUCCGCGGCACUUCACCGCGAUCGUUUGUGACCACCUCAAUGCAGGGCUUUCAUUACAUCGAUGCCAUGGAUACCCUCUCAAGGAUUAGAUUCCCCCCCACUUGUUACAGCCUUCAGUUACCAAAAAUCUCUGCAUUAUCUCGUUUCCCAAAUGCUUUUUCCAAAACCACUCACCAGGUUUCAGUGCUAAGAGUAAGAGCUUCUCGUCCUUCAGUGAGUAAUGCAGACGAGGAUGUCUUGCAAAUAUUUUUUAAGGAGAGAGAAUUAAAUGGGGAUUUUAUAUCAAGAGCUUCCGAUUUACUAUGGAGAAGAGAUUUCAGAAGUUCUGGUGAUUAUGAUAUUAGCGAGCUCACCAACAACACUUCUCAACAAACUGAGCAGAUCAUAGAGACUGACAAUGAUGCUGGUUUUUUGAAACUUACAAGAACCCAAGAGUGGUUAACAGGUGACAAUUCUCCACCAAUAAACACGAAGGUGACUGCUAAGGCGUUGCAGGACAGCAGCGCAAGACGCAAGAAACUGAACAUGCUCAAAUAUGAAUCUCUCAAGAGGGAAUUACUGCUUCUAUCUGUGGGUAUUGGAUUGGCUUGUAGUGGAUAUUGCUUGGUUAUUUUGUCCGUACAGGUUGCUAUAAGUUAUGCGAUUGGAGUCCUUUUCAGUUGCUUGUACCUUCAACUCUUGUAUCAACAUGCAGACAACCUAUCCAGUGAAGAUGUUCCUCAAAUAUUCAAGAAAAAGAAGUCAAAGAAAAUUGGUAUAAGAAGUGAAGACCUUGAAGAUUUCUUGGAGAGGACAAUCAAGGGUAGCGGUAUAUCACUUUCAUCUCCUAGGCUAGUUAUUCCAGCAACAAUAUAUGGACUUUGGAUUCUGUUUCAUCAGUAUUUUACCAAUGACAUUUUUGAUUUCCAGCUUGUGCCAGCCAUGUUCGGAAUGUUUGUCUACAAGGCUGCUGUUCUGGUGCAAGCUUAUAGAGAUAAUGAACGCUUACGGCUUGUAUUUCCAGAAAAUGAAGAGGGAUCAAGCUAUUGAAAAAUAUUUAUUUUGCUACGCUCAGCACUCAGCAGAGUACACUACUCACUAUAUCCCCGAACAUUGGAAAUGCUGAGCUGCAUCCUUAACUGAGCACUGAUUACAAGUUACAGUCCUUCACUACAUUCAUCUUCUUGUUGAAUUUUGCCCACUUUUAUUUUGUACCCAUAAAAAUUGACAUUGAUGUUGAAAGAAUGGAAGACAAUUUGAAAUGGUAAAAUGUGGUUGUUAGUAUUCCCCGUGUAGUCCCAAUCUAUAAUCUUGUAUUGGUUAUGAGAUGUAAAUAUACACUGAUAUCUAGUUGUUUUGCUUGCGUGUCA